AUGAGCGUCGUUCUUCCAUAUUCAUUGCUCAUCCUGGUGCAUCUGCAUCUUCUCAACUAUCCCCUGAAAGAUGCGUCUGGAUACGACGACCGGCUUUUCGAUCCCACGCGCGGGGGCAUCCGCGAACGAACCAGGGCUAUGGAGGACAUCUGCUACUUCCUUGUAGGCCAGGUCGAAGGGGGGAGAGAACGUGCCAGAUCAUUGCUACCGAUGUACCCUUGCCUCCAACCUUCUGAUACGACCGCAUUUCGUAUAUCACUGUCAAAGUAUCUGGAAAGUUUGAGACACAAUAUCAUUCAUCCAUGUCAUGCGGAGGGCAAAAAGAUAUCUGAUAACGAGAAGCAUCAGGGGCGCCAAACCAUCCCUCCCGCAUCGUGGUGGAAGGACGUUGUGGUCCGCAAGUCCCUCUUAGAAGAAUGCUGUGGCGAGCGAUUCGAACGGUUAAUUCUGGCUCUUUCGACGCACGCGCUCUUCAAAUCCAUUCUGAAGCUGGCAGGCUCCCCAUCGCGCCCCAGCCUCGCUGAGUCCAGCCAAUAUGUCUUGGGUAAUCAGUCUAACGCAUACAUCACGUUUCUGAAUAUUGCACUGUCCGCGCGCCGCUCCUGGGAACGCUCUGCUUCGGUGCUUGUGCGCCGCGCACAGGACCUCGUAAUACUUCGCGCCCAACUGUCUGAUCAAGAGCCACAAAUACUAUCAAGAUACAGCAAUUUCUCAACUGAUCGGCUAAAUGCGCUGCUAGAGUCUAAACACAACGAUUUACUUCGUAAACUAUGGAACGGAGAAGACGGCCCACGCUCUCUGCAUUUUCUUAUCGAUCUUGUCGGGUUGCAGGGCAUCCUUGCGGGGACUCAAUCAUCAAUUUCACCCGAAUCUCAGCCCACGCUGGUAGUGACACCUGACACUGAGCAGAUAAUUCCAUCUGCUUCGACCAUACCCUCGCUUCCUAUAACCGCUGCUCAUCAUCCAACCCACCUACAAUCUCUCGAUGCUCCGCUCUUUGUAUUGAGUGCACCCCCGUCCAUUCAAACCGAGGACGAUCAGAUCCCUAAGCACAAGGCGGCGAUCCCGCUGGCCGUGUCUGAGCGACUAGAAGCUGCUAAGUACGCCCAGCAAUCACUACAGCAUGCGUUAGCCUACGCAGAGCGACUCCGAAAAGAUACUGUCAUUCGGUUACGGAAGGUGAAAGCGGCGCCAGUGCCGGCGGAUGCAUCACAAGAGAGCAGCGGCCUGGGCCUCAAUCUCUGGACGGCAUCUGACGGUAACAAACCGAACUUCAAUACAGCUCCGAUAUCCGAAUUUCUUGCGACCUUCUCCCUGCCUGCCCCGCCAUCAGAGUCCGCCCUCGAAGAACGAAUCGCCCGCAUACGCUCUGAGCUCCCGUCAUACACCCUCGCUUCAUCUUCACCCCCGUCGGAUACCUCAGGCUUGUCAACUCCUGAAGCCUUGCCCGUAGUUGAGUCCGUAGCUCCUGUCAAUUGUCUACGGAAACCUCUGCAAAGAGAAAAUCGGUCGUUGAAGCCGACAGACGUGAAGAGUAAGAUAGCGGUCCAUUCACAGGCUGGACCUCCUGUCAAGUCGUCCAUACCUCGCUUCGUGACUGGUGAUACUGGGAAUUCGAAGGCUAUGGGUGAGCAGCCUAGCGCACAUGACGCUGUGGCACUAGAUGCACGCAGAAUUUCGCGCAAAAUAACCCGCAGAGCGUCUGCCGCUAAAACUCGUCGUUCGACGACAUUCGCGAAACGAGACCCACAUGAGGAAGUUGAUAGGAUCGUCGAAGCAUUUGAAGAUGGGUCCCCAUCGUUGUCGGAGGGCACGGCUACCCCGAAAUGCACAAGCAUGACAAUUGGCGUACCACUAUCCACAGUAAAGAAAUCCACCGCUAGACCCUCCUUUGACAUAGAACGACAUGAGCGCGCUAUUCCUAUCCCACUGCCCAGGCUCAGGCUCAGUGAAAUGGAAGAGCACGACAUUCACGCGGACUCUCCAAUCGAGACGCCACUGCCAAAUCAUGAAGAGGAGCCGUUGGAGAACACCUCGAGUUCGACUGGCCAGAGGGGCCUAUCUAGCACUGACGACGAUGACUAUGGAGGGCACAGUAUAACUCUCAGAGACAUUCUGCUCAAAGCAGGAAGCGGUGAUACGGUAGAGUUUGAUUUGCUCGCGGAUGGUGAAGGACCGGAAGAUGAAGAAUUUGAGUGGGGUUGA